AUGCCUCUAGACCAGGCAGUCGAACUUACGCCCAGUGUGCCGCUCCAGCUGGAGGACUGUAACGCGGCCAUCGCACCCGCGCAGAGAACGUACAAGCGCGGUUUCACAUUUUGGAUGGUGUUCGUCGCCAACCUGAUGGUUGACCUACUUUCUGCUCUAGAUCUGACGAGCGUAACGACCGCGCUCCCAACUAUAAUUGACCAUUUUGACGGGUCAGACUUCAUAUGGGCAGGUAGCGGCUACGCUAUUUCUUCGACCGCCAUUCUCCCCGUGAUUGGAGGCGUUGUGUCUGUGUUUGGGCGCAAGCCAGCACUGCUCGCGUUUGUGUCGAUUUUUGCCAUUGGAUCCGCUAUUUGCGGCGCCGCCCAGACCUUGACGAUGUUCAUCGCAGGCAGAGUAAUCCAGGGUCUCGGCGGUGGAGGCUGUAUUUCGAUCACAGAGAUCAUAUACGCAGACCUGGUGCCGCUUCCGGAACGAGGAAAGUUCGUUGGAAUACAGGCUUCCGUGUGGGCACUAGCCUGCGCAAUGGGACCGGUUAUUGGCGGCGCAUUCGCUGGGAGCGGUAACUGGCGGUGGUUGUUCUAUCUGAAUCUCCCACUUUGUGGUAUUGCUAUUCUUUUAGAACUUGUCUUCCUCAAGGUGCACACGCCCAAAGAUAGUCUGCUCGUGAAGGUCAAGAGCAUGGACUGGAUCGGAUUAACGCUCAUCAUCUCGAGCACGUUGGCCGUUCUUAUAGCCCUUACUUGGGCAGGCGUCCGAUAUCCUUGGUCGUCUGUUCACGUCCUGGUCCCGCUUUGCCUGGGAUUCGUAGGUAUUGCGAGUUUUUUCGUGAUAGAGCGAACACGUUGGAUAAAGGAGCCCACUAUUCCGCCCUUCAUUGUCACCAAUAGAACCACGCUGAGUGGGUAUCUUGGGACGUUCUUCCACGGCAUAUCGUCCAUGGCUAUGAUCUUUUACCUUCCGGUGUACUUCCAGGCAUCCAAGCUUGCUUCUCCUAUCCAUUCCGGCGUCGACAUGUUCGGUUUGGGAUUCACCAUCCCAAUUUUCGCGAUCGCAACUGGAGUAUCAGUGGAAGUCUUCCAUCGAUAUCGUCCACAGAAUUACAUCGGAUGGAUGCUGAUCACUCUCGGAUUCGGGCUUCUGUCCAUCCUGGACGUAUAUAGCUCGACCGCGAUGUUCAUUGGCCUUGAGCUCAUCAUAGGAACAGGAAUGGGCAUGGUCUGGAUCGGCACCCAGUUUCCCAUCCUAGCACCACUGCCGUUCUCAAAUAAUGCGCAUGCCCUGGCCUUCUUUACGUUCGUGCGAUGCUUUGCUCAGAGCUGGGGUAUAGUCAUUGGCGGAACAGUGUUGCAGAACGUCUUGCGCAACCGCCUGCCCGAAUCGUUUAUAUCCACGCUUCCCGGUGGUACGCAGCUGGUAUACUCGAUUAUUCCACGAAUCCCGUAUUUAACGGAGUCCCUCAAGGAGGAAGUGCGCGUCACAUUCGCGGAGAGCGCAACCCUCAUUUGGCGUGUCAUGAUUGGGGUGUCUGGCGCCGGCUUGCUAACGUGCUUACCGAUGCAGGAGAUUGUGAUGCGGGAGUCUAUGGACGAAAAGUGGGGCCUGCAGGACGAAGAGACCAAAUCUACUACUGUGAAAGAAUAA